CUUGGGUAUACUAUACCAAGUACGUUACGCCAGUCCGAACAACAGAAAGAUUCUUCCGCAGAGAUACUUCCGAAAGGACAGACACUGUGCAAUCUCACCUAAUCCACCUGCAUCUCCAACCGUUCAGGAAAAGCCACCGUACACCUUACCCACCACAAACUGCGUGGGUCCCCUAGACCACCGUCACGGCCCGUUUGCGAUUUUUUUUCGGAAGUUUCACAUUUCGAAACGUCCUCCCCUGCCACUCGACUCGAAACCGAAAUUCGGAUAGCGCCUUGUUAUCUAUCCGAUAUCCCAGCACACUACACCACUUUCUUCCCACGCCGGCACCAUGGACACCCUAACCCCCCUGAACACAUCGGACACCCCUCUUCCUACCCCCGGCACACCAACCCAACCACCCCUCCUCAACUACAUCCUCUCCUUCCUCCUCGUCGGGCUUGCCUGGGGUUUCACUACCCCCUUCCUGCGGCGGGCCGCCAAGACGCAUAACCCCCCACCUCACCCGCUUCUGGAGCGAGAAUCAGUGCAAAGGAGCGUGGUGAAGAGAAGCAUACUUGGGGUUUGGUUCGCGGUGACGGACCUGAUCAAGAACUGGAGGUAUGCGUUGCCGUUGGGGAUUAAUUUGAGUGGGAGUUUGUGGUUCUUUUUGUUGGUUGGGGGGUCAGAGUUGAGUUUGACGGUGCCGAUUGUCAACACGACGGCUUUUUUGUUUACGGUUAUUGGCGAGUGGUGGGUGGAGGGUAAGGUUAUUAGUCGUGAUACAAUGCUGGGAAUGCUCUUGUGUUUGGGCGGUAUUGCGCUUUGUGUUCAGAGCAAGAACGUGUGAGCGUUGGCGUUUUAGAGAAUUGGAUGUCUAGGUACAAGUUUUGGAUAGAUGUGUUUUCCUGUAUGGCUAGGCGUACGGUUGAUGAUUCUUUGGAGGUCUACUUCCCUUGGAGUUUCCUCUUCCGUGACUGCAUUGUCAUGGAGAUGACCAAAUGCAUGAUAUGAUAUAUCGACACAGUCAACUUCAAGGCCAUAUCGGAUAGAAUGCGCUUGAAAUCAUCUCCAGUCUCCAUUCUUUCCCCUUGAAUAUACUCACAUGUC